UGGUGUACAUUGAUCAUGGGUCACAUGCAUAAUAAUGCCUUUCUGUUGACGGAAAGUACGACUAAAGGGCAAAUUGCAAAUGCCAGUAGACAUUUUGCAAGUGGCAACUGCAAUUGUUUGCGAUUCCGGAGGCUUUACUCCAAUCUUAUUUUGGCAUAUAUUGUCACAAAGUGGGUUUUAUGUUGACACAAGGAACUCCUGUCACUUGCAUAAAAGGGUAAAAUAUGAAUUGAAGCUUUGCCUCUCGUGGUUUUUUUUUUACACGAUGGACCUCAGUGGAACAUCAGCAUCAUCAUCGCUACGCUGAAGACUAAAGACUGCAUUGGCAAAAAGACACCUGGCUACUACAAAACGUCACUCAUCCAGAUCUACCAUGGACUUAAUCGAACACGUGGUGCCGGCUGUCAGCUGCCUGGUGGUCGUGCUCGCCCUGCCGCUCAACCUCGUGGCCAUCUACAUCCUCUGUGCGUGCAUCAAGAGGAAGUCCUCCACCACCGUGCUGAUGAUCAACCUGGCCGUAGCAGAUGUCCUCUUCGUCUGCUGCCUAUUCUUCAUCAUCCCGUACUACUUCAAGGGGAACGUGUGGGUCUUCGGACUUUUCCUCUGCCACUUCGUCUACACGGUCUUCUUCACGACCACCUACGUGAGCAUCCUGUCCGUGAUGGCCCUCUCUGUGGACCGCUACUUCGCCAUCCUGUACCCCAUCAAGUCCAAGGUGUGGAGGAACAAGGUGUGGGGCUGCAUGGCGAGUGCCAUCACUUGGGUGAUAGCAUUCAUGCACGUUGUGCCUAUGAACGCGACCAAGAUGAUGAAUAUCAACACAGAUCACAACACGAGCGAAGCCUCCUCCUGCUGCGAUAAUUUCGCCCCAGAUGACCUGGAAUUCAUAGCGAGACUGCGGUUAGUGUUGUGCAUUACCUUGUACGUGUUCCCACUGUUCGUCACAUCCUACUGCUACGCCUCCAUCAUGAAAGUGCUCCUCUCCAAUAAUGUGCUCAACAUGGGGCAAGAAAAGAAGACACGUGCCAUUAGGCUGAUCAUAAUUACGAUGCUCAUUUAUCUGUUUUGUUUUGGUUGCUACAAUGCUACGCAUGUCAUCGGUUAUGUGAACCACCUUAACUUAUGGUGGCGCCCGCUGUCACUUGUGUUCAACACUCUUAACUGCAUGCUGGACCCUCUCAUCUACUACUUUGCCUCAACAACUUGCCAGGAGGUGCUCAAAGAAUACUUCACUAAAAGAACACAGUCCAGCAAUGGCAACGAAGCAACUCUAGCGACCUAGAGUGGAACGCAAAUGGAUAUGCUUCACUUAGAUGCAGUCUCAGUGUGUCGCAAGCAUCAAUGGAAAAGGUAAUUUUCUUCAACCGAAUGAAUCAUCACUUUCUUCCCCAUGAUGACUUCGUCCAUAGAUCUUAACUGGUAAAACAAGCAGCUCGCCAGUUGGACUGCUGACAAUUGUUUGAAAUGUCAAUCUUUGUGUACUGUAUUUAUGCACAUAUUUUUGUCUAUUUCAUGAAACACCA